AUGUCUGCGCAGGGGCAGCGGCAGAGGCGGGUGUUCGACGUCCUUGUGCUUGGGGCCGGCGCGGCAGGCUGCGCCGCGGCACGUGCGAUUGCGCUACGACACCCCCAUGCGAAGGUUGGCCUCGUGGAGCAGGGCACGCGGCGGCCACUGCCGCUGUUGAUGCGGGUGCCGCUGUUGACGCCCCUCAUCGCCUCCGCGCGCAGCACCCAGCCGUUUCUGCGCAAGUACGAGGGAACCCCCGAGGCGGGCAUCGGUGGGCGGCGGCUGACGCACGUGCGGGGCUGCGGCCUCGGCGGCAGCAGCUGCUGCGGCGACAUGCGCUACCUCCGCGGCACGGCGGCCGACUACGCGGCGUGGGGCGACCCGGCCUGGUCGUUUGCGCAGCUGCUGCCGUUCUUCCGUGCACUGGAGUGUAACUCGCGGGGCGGCUCCGCCGCCCACGGCGAGGACGGCCCACUGCACGUCACCGACGCCCCGCGGGCGAGCCUGAGCUCGGAGCUGAACAUCCGCUGGUUCGAGGCCUGCGAGGCGCUGGGCCUCCGCGAGACGCCGGACCUCAACGCCGGCGAGGCGGACGGCUUCGCGGCGCUGCAGUCCCUCGUCGCCGCGGGGGCGCGGGUGGACGUCUUCGACGCCCUCCUCGAGCGCCACCGCCACCUGCUGCCGAACCUGACGGUGCUGCCGGAGACGCGGGCGCAGCGGGUGCUGUUCGACGGCGCCCGCGUGACGGGGGUUGAGACCCGCACCGCGGGGCGCGACGCGGCGGUGCUCGCCACCCGCCACCUCGUCGUGUGCCUCGGGGCGCUGGAGUCGCCGGCGCUGCUGCAGCGCAGCGGCGUGGGCGCGGGCGGCCGCGUCUUGGAGCUCCCCGCGGUCGGCAGCAACCUCAUCGCGCCCGCCGCCGCCACCCUCGUCUUCCGCGUCGCCGCCGGCGCCAACCUGCACAGCAAGUCCGUGAGCUGGCGCAACGCCGCCUACCUGUGGCGCCAGUGGCGCGAGUACAACGACGCGCGCACCGGCGUCUUCGCCUCCCUCGCGGAGGGCGUCGCCUUCGUGCGCUCGACCCCGGCGGCGGCCGCGCCGGACCUCUCCCUCACCUUCUUCGCGACCCCCAACGUGCGCUGGUGCGGGUGGCGGCCGUUUGACGGGUUUGCGGUGCGGGUGGCGCACCACUACCCGGCGAGCCGCGGGGAGGUCGCCGCGGUGGACGCGGACCGCCUGCGCGUCACCAGCGGCAUCUUCGCCGCGCCGCACGACGCGCGGUGCAUGGACGAGGGCGUGCGCUGGGUCGGCUCGCUGGUGACGGAGGCCCGCUCCGCCUACCACAGCGACGCCCAGGAGCGGCCCGCGUCGCCGUUCGCCGCCCUCGGCGUGCAGGUGCAGCACCCGCGCUACGCCCUGCACACGCAGCGAGGGACCGCCGCCUUUCUCGCGCAGCACGCCGAGGGCACCGGCGACCUCUUCGGCACCUGCGCGCUGGGGAGCGUCGUCGACGGCGCGCUGCGUGUGCGGGGCGUGGCGGGGCUGCAGGUGGCGGACGCCAGCGUCGUCCCGUCCCCCACCUGCGGCGCCAGCGGCGUCAUCGGCGCGGCCAUCGGGGCACGCGCGGCGUCGCUGCUGCAGUUGUAG